AUGAACUGCUUAUUAAGAGCCUGUUUGGACUCGCCUAGUUUUUUGCAAUCUACUUCCCAAAACUUCUCUGGGUUUCAUCAGGGUUCGUUUAUGGCGUCGAAACGGAUAUUGAAGGAACUCAAGGAUUUGCAGCAGGACCCUCCUACAUCAUGCAGUGCUGGUCCUGUAGCAGAAGAUAUGUUCCAUUGGCAAGCAACGAUUAUGGGACCUUCUGAUAGCCCUUAUUCUGGAGGUGUAUUUUUGGUUUCCAUUCAUUUUCCUCCUGAUUACCCUUUUAAGCCUCCAAAGGUUGCAUUUAGGACAAAAGUCUUCCAUCCAAACAUCAAUAGCAAUGGAAGCAUUUGCCUUGAUAUUCUGAAAGAACAGUGGAGUCCAGCAUUGACCAUAUCUAAGGUCCUCUUGUCCAUCUGUUCCUUGUUGACGGACCCAAAUCCUGAGGACCCCCUGGUUCCGGAAAUAGCUCAUAUGUACAAGACAGACCGUGCAAAAUACGAGGCCACUGCGCGCAGCUGGACACAGAAGUAUGCCUUGGGAUGA